AUGGACUCAUUCUUGAAGCCUUCGACGCCAUCGCGCAGGCAACCAGAUGGGGAAAACCGAGCGGCUUUAGGAGAAAUCAAUGUUCAAGAGGAUGAUAUACAAGCCAACCUUCCCGUCACGCCUUUGCAAACAGCCCCAGGCAAGGAAAACGCAGCCCCAGGAUCAGUUUCCUCUAGUACCUUUCGGCCACAUAAGGGCAUAUUACCAUUAGGAGAGCAUAAAUCUCCUUUGAGUCCACGAUGUGCACUCAAAGAUUACGGAAGCGAAGAAACAAAGUCCGUGCCCUCUAGAAAACGUCCUUUCUUUACCCACGAGGCAGAUACGGACCAAGACGUCGAGACCGAAGAAAACAUAAGCAGAUCUGCUGAACGUCCUGCACAACUCCAUAAUAUAAAAACAUGCGCCGAACAUCUUCGAUUGCGACUACAAUUGGCCAUGUAUAAAGUUGAAGUCAACCAACUUUAUUCUCCUUUGCGUGAUUUGCCUAUUGUCAUGAAAACCAAGCUACAUCAUUUACCAAACACACCAUGUAUCACCUCCGUUUGGAAACAAAAAACUAUUCCUUUUACUCGUUCACCCUCCCCUCAAUUCUGUGAAGACAGCUUUUGCACGGAUGACUCGCCUACCAAGUCAACACCCUCCAACCCCAGGCACGCUCAAAUGCACAAUCUUUUUACCCCUCAGUCAUCUGGUUUGGAUGAUCUUGUUGCUAAUAACCAGACUCCAUCUCCUUUGAAAAUGCCUCAUCACCCUAUUACAAAAUCAUCUUCAUCUCAUUCGCUUUGGGCUCGCCAUGGGAAACUGACCAGAAGCGUGUCCCUUCUUAACGAUCGCACACCCAAAAGGAUUCGUCCCCGGUCUCUUUCUAAAAGCUAUUCUACUCCUUUGAAGGCUUACAAAGUCCCGAGAAAGUCUCCAGCUAGCAAUUCUUUUACAGGUCCUCCUACACCUAUUUCUAUUACAAACACACCCGAAAACUCAUUCGAAAACGCAUCUUACAAAAAUCAAAGCCUUUACAACAGUACACCAGUCCAAAUGCAUGCUCCAAAAAGACAUUUGUCCGACUUUGGAAUGCUGAGGUAA